AUGCAGCAGCAGCAGCAGCAGCAACAGAAACAAGAAGAACAGCAGUGCCACCACCACCAGCCCACAGCAGCAGCGACGUCGACGGAGACGUCGACGGCGGCAGGGGCGGUGUCCGGGGUCGAGGCGGAGGUUUCGACGGACGCGCAGGUGGGGUCAUCAUCAUCGUCAUCGUUCUCUUCGUGCUCCGACAGCGACGACGGCGCCGCCGGUGACGACAUCGACUUCCUGUUCGUCGAGCUCAUGGCCGAGGACAUGCCCGAGGCGGUGGCGGCGGCGGCGGCGGCGGCGGCAGAAGCCACCGCCAUCGCUGACCAGGAGCUCCCUCUGUACCUGGGCGGCGGAGACGGCGGGCAGGCUCCCGUGUCGGCGGUGACCGACAUGGGCUGCGUGCGCGCGAUUUGAUAUCAAUGAACCUNCCCCCCCCCCCCCCCUCCCCCCACCCUAGAGAUUUGUGUUACGUUAGGGUAGGAAAACAAAGCUGUGACGCAAGAUGCGGAGGAAAAGGGGUGCCCUCGGUAGUGGCAAGUUUUGUCACCGGUGUGGGGUUUUUAUAUUUUUUCAGCUUAUUUUACCGCGACGGCGAGUGGCGUAUAUAUUGCGCGGUUUAAUUGUAGGGGGGGGGGACUACCUAUGUUCGGAGUCUACCAUUAGCCGAAUUGGUGUUGCAGCAGUGCCAAACUCUCGUCGCGUUGUUUCGGUUGCUAGUGUAGUCUAGACCAGGCGACCGAUUUUCGUACAACCAAUCGGCUGCUGCUGUGCGUCAGCUAUCUGAUCGGGGAACGUCGAUACCGUAGCCAACCGUACAACCAGUUGUUGCGAAUGUGGUAUUGUGUAUACCAGUCGCAGAUGAGUGUAACAGGGUGUUUAGGGUAUCUCUUGUCUGUGCUGGUUUACACUCUAUAGACACAUGCAUGUAGGGUACGAAAAAGUUGUGCGUUCGGGCGGGUGACGUCGAGUGUGAAAAUUGUUUCUUUGCUUUUUAGGAGUGAAACUUGAGAUGAUGUAGAGACACAAGGCAUAUAUAUGCACAGGUUCGUGCAACUAACACAAGAUGCCUAAAUCCAUGCAGCCGUAACUGGUAGGAGGGGUUGUCUGUCUUUUGUAAAAGGACCAAAAUUUCUUGGGUCAUGUGCACUGUCGAUGGAAGUACUUCCGUCAUGUUGUGUCGACGGUGGCGCUUGUGUUUUGAAUGCGUACGAGACAGAGUUUUAGAAGAAAAAAAACAGGGGAAACUUUGCUACUAAUUGCGGUAGCGGCAGCGAGUCAGAGACUAUUUUGCCCUUGCUCGCCAGUAGCGGCGUUGAGGGUAUUUGUCUUUCUCUUUCCUUUCCUUUGGGAAUAUGAUGGAUCUCGAGGGUCUCUCUUCCCGAUUACGCCCUCCUGUACGGAGAGGAGUAGACGGGCGGGUACUUUGCCUAUAUAUUGCGAUUUUGAGUGUGGGAGAGGCCAGAGAGAUUAGGCGACAGAGCUUGUGACCUCGUGUAAGGAGAACCGAAGAUGAAAAGGAUAAAAAUGAAAUACAGGAAUGACCAAUCUGCGGUUGUUUU